AGUCUCUCCAAGGUCAACUCAGCAUUCCGCUUUGCAGGCUGCAAGCAGAUGGGGAUUCGGCUCAGUUCAACUUUCUUUCUGUUGUUUGCUCUUCCCAAGAUACGCUCCCCUCGGCUUCUUCCGAGAAUCGCUGUGAUUGCGCCCUAGUCGCCCUGUGCGUAAUUGGGCCCUGCGUGUCUGAGGCUUGGCAGCAGAACGUUUCUCGCUCCCCAUCCCGUCCGGCAUCAGACGAGAUGCCGUGAGUCGCAGACACCAUGAAGCGAUUCUUCGUCAACCUUUUGGCAUGGCUUUGGGUUGGAGUUGCGCUCUCGGCUCCCGUCCGCCGGGGGAAAGCGUUUGACCGCUUCAUUACCAUCUGGCUCGAGAAUCAGGACUUUGCCAAGGUCGUCGUCGACAACCGCAUUGUCGAUCUAAAGAGGCACGGCAUCCUCCUGACCAGGUACUUCGCCCAUACACACCCUAGCCAGCCCAACUACCUUGCCGCCAUCGCGGGCGACUACUUCGGCCUCAACCAUGACGACUGGGUGCGCCUGCCCGAAGAUGUUGCCACUAUCGUCGACCUGCUCGAAGAAAAAGGCGUGACAUGGGCCGGUUACUUUGAGGACAUACCCAGCCCGGGCUACAUGGGCAACGCCAGCGACGGGUCAACCGGCACCGACGGAUGGGACUAUGUCAGGAAGCACAAUCCCUUUGUGUCGUUCGACAGUAUCACCAACGACGGCGAGCGGCUGCUGAAGAUCGACUCGUUCGAUGCCUUCCAGCGGGCCUUCGCUGCCAAGAAGGUGCCCGAGUACGUCUUCAUGAGCCCCAACAUGAUGAACGACGGCCACAACACGACGCUCGACUACGCCACCAAGUGGUCGCACAAGUUCCUGCAGCCGCUGCUGGCCGCUAAGGCAUUUGACGAGCGCACUCUGAUCGCUCUUACCUACGACGAGUCCGAGACGUACGAGGAACCCAACCACAUCGUCACCCUGCUCCUGGGCAACGCCAUCCCGCCGGCCCUCAAGGGCACCGAAGACGACACCUUCUACACCCAUUACAGCAUGCUCUCCACCCUUGAGCUGAACUGGCGCUUGCACACCCUGGGCCGGUAUGACGUCGGGGCGAAUGUCUUCAAGUUCGUCGCGGAUCAGCUCAGGUACACCGCAAACAAGGAACCGGAGAAUGCCGCCACCGUCGACAACUCGGUCCCGUACCCCGGCCUGCUGAACAACGAUACUUCCGCACGACUGCCCCUUCCGUUCCCGAACACGAAACUCGUCGGCGCCAGCGGGCUCGGGAUCUUGCCAUCGAUCGAGAAAGCAUUGUCGAGGACAAAGAUCACCAAGACGCCCUAUGAUGGCAGCGGGAAGGUAUUUGACGGGGACAAGAACCCGCCCGUCUACAAGCCUCCCGCAGGUAAUCCGUCAUGAUUUUGCUUAGAAAAUUGAGCUUCUUCACCGCAGACAUUCCGCGCGGCUUGCUCGUUUGUACUCUCGCUUCGGCCCCGCGUCCCCACGCCUCACUCUGCCCCAGCCUGAACCGCUUUCUCUCUGAGUUCCAGCUAGGUGCCGGACAUUUGGCCUGCAGCACUCAUACGCGCUGGUCGACACACAAUAUACGAACCUCCACCUCCGAGGACUGCAUGUGCUUUCGCGUAU